ACAAACACACAUUGAAAUUGUGCCUAUCCAGCAUGAAAGGCUGGUUUGUUUGUUUUUUUCUUUUCUGAACGUAAUUGCUCUAGAGGUGUUUCAUACAAAAAAAAAAAACAGUUUUUGCAAAAGCAUAAUUUAUUGAAUGAUUCCUUUAUCUAGCAUUUUUGUAUUUUUUUUUUUUUUUUUUUUUUUUUUUUAACACACACAGUUUCCUGUUAGCGUUUAGUCGAUUCAACGAACAUGUCGCUUAAGUUUGAAAUUUGCUCCGGGCAGGUUUCUUCUAAUUCUUUUAAAACGAUUAUAACCAUUUAAGCUUCACUUUAACGCCAGGGUCUCGCCUUCGAUAACGAAAUAAAGCAGAAGACGACGACUCUACAGCAUAUCUUCUACGGACUAUCGCUUAUAGGAGGAUCAUUCAUCCGAUUAUCGAUCGAGUCGAAAAAUCCGGCAGGUCAAUUCCCCAGAAAAUCGUGUUCGGCAAAAUAAAAGCAUAUCGGAAUUUUCGCAAAUGAAAUCACGCAAGUUUAAACUCAUGCGGGGAGGGGAAAAAACAAAAACGUAGCUAACUGGGAUCGUUUAAGUGGUUUUUGUUUUUUUCAGUGGACGGGAUUAACGAUUUGAGCGGUUUAAGCACUCGGAAAGCUCGGAUCGUUUUCUUUAGCGUUUCGCUUUUAUGCACUUUGUAACUAAAUCCGGCGUCGACUUUAAGAGGUGUGUGUCUCGUGCUACCGGGGGGGCAUUUUUAUCCUAUAGUGAAGUAUUUUACGCUUUAUUUAAUCACAUGAACUCAUUUGGUGGUUUUUGUUUAAAAACGGAAAUUUUGGUUUGUACGUUGUUUUUAUUAAAUCUUUUUUUUUUUUUUUUUUUUUUGUCAGUCACUGUGCGUUACGAAGCGUCCAUAUCUCUGGUAUUAUCAUUACUUUGUUUUUGCAAAGUGUUAAAAGUUUAAUUAUGACCCUUGGUUAUUUUUUUAACAAUUUGAAUGGAAUUGUUUUUAUUUAGUAUUAUAUCAAUAUCAAGUGACUGUAUGUUAAAAAAAACAAACAAAAAAAACAAUUCCUGUGUAGAUUAUCAAACUUUUUUUUUUUUUUUUUUAAAUCGUCACGUCCACACUCGUGUUUUUUUUUUGUAACUUUUUUUUUUUAUCAUAUAUUUUUUAUUUUGUGAAGACUUUUCCAUCAGCAGCAGCAUAUCUGAAACAGCAGAGCAUGAUGGACGCCGUCGCUGCUUUCGAUCUGUUGCUGGACCUCUAACACACACACACACACACACACACGAUGCUGUACACACACGCAGAGUUAUUAAGGACUUGAGCGCACAGGUGCGAGCGCAGCACGGACCAUCAAACGAAAACUUGUAAAAAGGGCUUUUUUUUUCUGUUCCCCGCUCGCAGACACGCCACAGGCAUCGCAUUCCCAGUUUUGUAUAAAAGCUUAGACGAAACAAAGUGUACAUUUGAUUUUCCUCUUUUGUGUAAUUACAGUUAGCUGUUAACGAGAUGGAGUUAUUAUUAUUAUUGUUAUGUGGAAAAUAAAUGCCUUCGAUGAGUACCGAGUGCUCGUGUCCCGUUUAAGACACACACUUCCUGUCUGUCUGGUGUGUGUGAGAUGGGGACGGGACCGCGACCAACAGAAGGGAAUCGGGACAGUGCUGGAGACGACUGUAGUGGUAAUGGGGCAGUGAAUGGAACAGUGAAAGACGGGAGGAUGACGAGGACAGGAUGGGAACCAAGACAGGGUGGUGACAGAUACAGGACGGAGACGGGGUGGAGACUGAGACGGGAUGAAGACAGAUGGGGUGGAGACAGGUGUGGGCAGAGACUGACAUGGGGGUGGUGGCAGAGAACGAGACGGGGUGGAGACCGAGACGGGGAGGUGACUGGGGUUGAGACAGAGGGUUCUUCUCAAUACUCAAAUUAAUGCUUCCUCGUUUCCUCAGUCCUCCAGCCUGUAACCUGGAAAUCGAUCGAAGUCAACCAUCUUGAAGGACAUAUCAAUUCUCUAAUUGCACUGCAAGGAGCGAGGAAGUGUCCAGAGGAGCCAGGAGUGAGGACACAUGGGUGUAUCCUAUGCAGAAGUGUUUAUUGUCGAAAAACCUGACGCACAUACAAAUUCCCCUCCUCUUUUACACCUUCCACAAUCUCGAACAAAAACUCAUCUUAUUGCUUAGGGGACAGUCUGAUCCCUGAAGGUUCAAUAAUGACUGAUCAGAUCAGAUCAGAUAACAUUCCCCAGCUGCAUUUCUACCAGUUCCGUCUCAUUCUGCUUACAGCCGUGUGUUCAUAAAGCAGCUCCGCAGGAUGCUGGAGGAGGAUGUUUGUGUGUUUUUGGCCAUUUUUCAUCGGUGUGUAAUGGAUAAUACAUGAGGGAAGCUCAAUCCUGUUUAAAUCCUUGUUUUAGUUAUUGUGCUUGCAGCUGUUUGAAAGAAAAUGGUCAGGAAAAACAACGGUUCUCAGGGAACCAGACGCCCUUUAUGAGGAGUGUUCCGGAUGCAGGAGUUUUGUGGGUAAGAAGGAGCUGUGUGUGUGUGUGUGAAGUGUACGAAGUGCGUUUCUGCUACUGUUCCUGUGUAUGAAGUGUAAUAUGAGAAGUGACCAGCAGGCGUCGCUGUGCGCUCGAAGCACCAGCAACUUGUUAUACCGAGUCUGCGUAGUGCGCAUGCGUGACACUGACAGACGAGAGAUGUUCGUGUUUUUUUUAACACAUUAAAGCGCUGUGAAGUAUCAGACAGAUAAUAAUAAUAAUAAUAAUAAUAAUAAUAAUUUUAAAGUAUUUCUUUAGUCUACAGCAGUCGUUUUAUGUCCAACAAGUACUUUCAAACAUUUAAGACGCUGAUAAUUUGCAUAUGGAUUAAGCUCUUAGCAUUUACAGGGUAUGAAAGGGGCGACAGAAAAGUAAAUACCAACUGAAAAAACCCCGAAAAUCUACAAGUUAAAAAAAACCUGCAGUGUGUUUGUAUUUAAAAUAUUAUAUAUAAUUGAGUUAUUUCUGAAUAUUUACUGCCUGUCAGAAUUCAGUGCGUCACGUUGCUAGUUUUGCACUUUAAUGCUUUUCAUUAUUACUGAAAUGUUAUAAACUUGUAUCCAUUUAAGUUUAUCUACGUGAAAUUAUUAUGUUUUUGUUUGUUUUUACGUUCAAUUCGUUACAAUGAAGACGCUGCGUGUACUUUUCUUUGGCGUUUCCCCCACUCUGACCUGUCUCUGUCGCCAAGCAACAAACCCCGCCUUCCAGCUCUAUCAUUGGCCACGCCCAUUCCAACUUCCUCAUUAGGAUUGGCUCAGUGCUUCCGAAUAAUAAAACGACUAACCAAUCACGUGGGGCAGGGCGGGAUUUAUGGAAUACGGGUAGGAAAGCAAGUAAAUAAAUAACGCACCUGUGCCUGGUUACCGGGCGACGUCUAACUUGGAGGCAACGCGGUGGGUUGUUUUUUUUUUUUUUUUUUUUUUAAUCCUGGAGAAGGAGGGAAACGAGGGGAAAUGAGGGAGUGGCAGAAAUCCGGAGAAAGAGAAGUGGAUCUGGCCACGAGCAUGCAGAGGAGCGGCAGAUAAAUAUUUGAUCUGAUUAGACUGAGCUGGAGCUGAAAGGAGGAGCAGGAUUCAGGAACUAAUGACAUGAACGCACCUGCUGAAGAUGCUGGAGAUACUUUAAAAGAGAAGUUAUGCGCAUCAGAAGUACUUUUUUUUCCAUCUCACGAAGGCAAGUACAUUUUUUUACUCACUGUUAACUUUUGUAAAAGCAUCAUAUGCACAAUUUUUUUUCCUCCCUGUAACAGUAACAACUAAUUUCUGUACCAUUUGUGUAUCAUUUGUAUUCUAGGACAGAGUAGUGAUGUUAUGAAAUCCACCCACAGUCCAUGAGUAAAGAUGGAAAGCCCAUUUUCAGUAUGAUCUGACCACACGUCAUCCGUCGUCGUCGUGGUUGUUAUAUCCCCAGUUGAUUUAUUUCUGGACGGGAAGUGAGCAUGGCGGCAUUGGGGUGCCUGAACGUGACCAACGGGACGAGCGGUGGCGUGCCUUACCCGUUCCAGGUGUCUCUGGUGGUGCUCGUGGUGCUGCUCAUCCUCCUUACGGUGUUUGGUAACGUGCUGGUGGUGAUCGCCGUGUUCACCAGCCGAGCCCUGAAGGCGCCGCAGAACCUGUUCCUGGUCUCCUUGGCGUCGGCCGACAUUCUGGUGGCGACGCUGGUCAUGCCGUUCUCGCUGGCCAAUGAGCUGAUGGGUUACUGGUACUUCGGGCAGGCGUGGUGCGAGGUGUACCUGGCGCUCGACGUCUUGUUCUGCACCGCCUCCAUUGCGCACCUGUGCGCCAUCAGCCUGGACCGCUAUUGGUCCAUUACGCAAGCCGUGGAGUACAACCUGAAGCGCACGCCGCGCCGCAUCAAGUGCAUCAUCCUGGUCGUGUGGGUCAUCGCCGCCGUCAUCUCCUUCCCGCCGCUCAUCUCCAUGGAGAAGGAGGGACAGCAGGAGGUGGGGCGUCCCCUGUGCAAGAUCAACGAGGACAAGUGGUACAUCAUCUCGUCCUCCAUCGGGUCCUUCUUCCUGCCCUGCGUCAUCAUGGUGCUCGUUUACAUCCGCAUCUACCAGAUCGCCAAGAGCCGGACCAGAGGCAGGCGACGAAAAGAGGAAGAGGAAGAACGGAGGAGGAACGAUGCCCAAAAGGAGGAGAACGGCGAUGGACAAUGCCAUGAAAAGCUCAAUGGCAAGCCGGACGACAAGGACAAGGGCGACGUCAACGGCGUAGACGUGGAGGAGUCGUCCUCGUCCGAACACAAGGACGACAACGCUUGCUCCGACAAGAAGAAGCGAGCCAAAGGCAAGACCAAGCUGAGCCAGAUCAAACCCGGGGACGAGACGUGCAAGCGGUCCAUGCGACAGAGCGGCAAUCGCGGCCGCUGGAAGGGCCGCCAGAACCGUGAGAAGCGCUUCACCUUCGUCCUGGCCGUCGUCGUCGGCGUCUUCGUCGUCUGCUGGUUUCCUUUCUUCUUCACGUACACGCUCACGGCGCUCUGCGACUCGUGCUGCGUUCCCACCACGCUCUUCAAGUUCUUCUUCUGGUUCGGUUACUGCAACAGCUCGCUCAACCCCAUCAUCUACACCAUCUUCAACCACGACUUCAGGAGGGCUUUCAAAAAGAUCCUGUGCCGAGGAGAACGCAGGAUCGUGUGAAUCGGACCGGUGGUGGUGUUUGUUUUUUGUUUGUUUUUUUGUUUUUUUUGUCUCGUACUUGUAGCGUGUCGUUUUGAACGUUGACCUGUUCCGAUCCCCGCCGUGUUUUACAGCCAGUACCGAACACAGUGUGCACGCUUUACGCCAUGACGAUAAUGGGGGAGAUGAAAAAAUAUAAAUAAAUGAAAGAUCUUGUGCCAAGGACGGUGCAGGAGUGUCGUGUGAAUCGGACGCCGCCGCGUCGGUGUUGGAACUGACGUUGGUUUUUAACACUGAUGUGGGAAUCGCUUCCCUUUUCGAACUUUAACCGACAAUCCAUUACGACAAGACAAACACGUCAAUGUAAAAAAAAAAAAAAAAAAAAAAAGAGUAACUUCCCACCGUUUUUUCUUUUCUUUACAGCUUGUACGGAACACAGCGGACUGCGAUUUAACGAAGCUGCGUUAGUCUUGAUUUACGGCGCAGUAACCAGCCAGAGGGGGAAGUGUGUUCAGCAAACAGUAAUACACGUCGUGCUGUUGAAAAUAUCGGCCCUUGAUUUGACACAUGCUUUUUUUUUUUGUAUUGUACAUCAAUAGAGUGAUAAGAAGAAAACGCUCUCCGGUGCUUUGCUCUGUAAAUAUCACAAAUCACACAGUGGGAACCUGCGAGCAAGGCACACACUUCCACGCCGGUCAAUCUCAUUAGCGCGAACGUGAUGCGUAUGUGUUGUCAUGGAAGGUGAGAACGUUUUACCGUCUAGGGAACAUCAGAAAAUGUGAAAAUGAAUUUCGUUCCUGACCAAAAUUUGAUGUUAUAGACUUGAAAAAAUGAAGAAUAAAGACUAUAUAGAAAGAAAAUACAAUUUUUAUUAUUAUUAUUAUUAUUUUUUUCAAUUCUGAAUGAAUAGUCCUAGACGCCUCGUCUCGUCUGUGCUGUCGUGUCAGGUUUUGUAACUUCUCGGAUAUGGAUUUAUAUUUUUCCUCGGAGCACUGAAACCUAAUCUGUUGUGAAAUUGUUGAUACUGCUCAAUGCUACAAAAUGACACCCCCCCAUCCCCCCCCCCCCCCCAGGUGUAACGAUUCACUUUAUAUGAGCCCUUAGGAAAAUUGACGUUGAGCCGAUCGUACACGUGCCAAACGGGCUCGUUUCUAGGCUUUACGUUUCACUAAACACUAUAAAGAUGAAUGUUAGUGCAGUCUUGGUUCGAACGUACUGUCACUCUGCUGUAACAUACGUAAUGAAUAUGCAACGGAUUGCAGAUACUAAAGCGGUGAUCAAAUAUACUGGUGGUGUAUUUGACGUGAUUGAGGUUUAAGUCCAGCUUUGAGUAAUGUUUUAUUUAUUUUUUUCCCCCCACACUGUGUAAACCAGGUAGUAAAAAUCACAGCCACCGUAUUUCGAGGAAUGAAAAUGAAUUAGGCAAAUGAACAGAGUUGUUCUCUGGUAAUCAUUUUAAAAGUUCUGCUGCCAGUAAAUAAAAUGCAGAGUGCUCAGAUAUGAAAUGAAGCUCUUCGGACAAAAGAGAACCCACUUUCGUUAGCGUGGAAGAGUACGGGGUGCUCACACUGAGCUGCACACGGAGCUGCUGGUGUUGGUUGGGGGUUGGUCAGAAUUCCUUCAGGAGUAGAGGAGAGGUGGGGUUUUUUUUGGUCAGAAUUCCUUUGGGAGUGAGUGGGACUGGUCAAAAUGUGAUCAUUUUAUUCGAUUUCUAUUGUUCUUUUAAUAAUACAGUCACAAAG